AUGCCGAAGGAUGGAAAGAAAGAGAGGAAGUCCAAGAGCAGCGGCGGCAAGAAAGAGAAGAAGGUGAAGGUCAGUGUCUUGUACGAAGUUACCAUCAAAGGAAUUGAUAAAUUGGCACGCGACGACAAUGGCAACAAAAUGUACAUCCAAUACAAGCGAGGCAAGAAGUCUUCCAACCACGGAAAGACGAAGGAGGCAGUUAUCCAGUACAACUUUGUGCAGUGGGAUGAAAAGAUCAACAUCAAGAGCACCCUCCUCCAGACUCCCUCGACGGGCAAGUUCGAUCCCAAGACUAUCGACUUUCACGUCAUCCAGCUGGCCGCGCCCAAGUUCAGCAAGAAGAAUGAGGUGGCAGUGAUGACGAUGAACCUGGCCGACUACGCCCAGCCGUCGGCGUCCUCGCCCUCCGCCGAGCCAUCGGCCGGCCCCAAGGCCUGGAACGUGAUCCAGUCGGUGCAGUUCCCCGUCCAGAGCGACAGCCGAAAAGGCAGCGACAAGAACGCCAUGGGCCUCGAGAGCAUCCCUCAAUUCGAAAUUAUGGUCAAGUCGCGUUGGCUCAAAUAUAACGGCAAGUUGCUGAUUCAGACCAACAAAGACAAGGAAUCGGGCAAGCCCACCGUACGCGUGGGCGAUGAGGAGUUCGAUCUGCAGACGGACAAGGAGGGAUCGGACGACGAUGACGGUGACACCACGUUGGGCGGAGGCAGCGACGACGAAAGCGAAGUCGAGAGCGAAUUCGAAGACGACGACUUUUCCGAGAACGAGAGAAAGGGUUCAGGCAUCGCGGGAUUCAAGGCCAGCACAGAUUCCAAGUCGGGCAAGACGAGCAGCCGAGGGAGCGACGCGUCAUCGUCAUCGUCGGCGGACAAGAGCGACAGUAAGCGAAUCAAAGCCCUACAGGAGGAGGUCCAAAAGCUCAAGCAACAGCUGCGCCAAGUGAACGAGACCUCGCAAAUUCGACUCGAGAACAUUUCGGCGCAACGCAGAGAGAUCGAGGACCUGCGGGAGCAGGUGGAAGGCGGCAAGCCGGCCUCUCCGAAGCUGGGUGGUGCAAGCGACAGCCAAGUGAACGACCUCAUUAAGACCGUCGGCCUUUACUUCAAGAAGGACAAGGACGACUCGGAGCGUACUUGCCAUUGGUUGGGUUUCACUGCAACCCUGACAACGCUGUUCACGGGCAUGGCCCGCAGCGACGAGGGCGUUCCUUCCUCGCUCCAGAGCAAGCUGCCCGACCUGCAGGGCGUCGGCAUCGAUCUCGAAAAGCAGGCACGAACGGCAUUCAUUCUGGAGAUGAUGCUGCGCGAAAUCUACAUCGGGUUGCUGAACUCUUUUUACCACGACCUGGAUGAUGUGCUGCUGCCCGUCAUUUUCGAGGACCAGAGCAUUGAGAAGUUAGAAAUGCUGAGCAAGAAGAAGGGAUCGUCUUCGCGCCAGCCGUUCACGUGGAAGCUCUCGGCGAUCGCCACCCAGAUGGCGGCCAACCGCCUUCCCAUGGUGAUCCAGCUCCAGUUCUUCACGCAGGUGUUCUACUACGUCGGCAGCCAGCUGUGGAACACGCUGCUGGAGCGACCAGAGCUCUGCACCUGCAAUUUUGGCUUCCACCUCAAAUACGCCGUCUCCGAACUGCGCUCUUGGAUCAACACGCAGAAUCUGCACGAUGAGAACUUCCAUCCCUCGCAGCAGCUCAAUCGUAUACUGGAUGCGGCGGGCGUGCUCGUGGUAAGCAAGAGCUUCUUCGACGACGCCAAGAUCCCGCAGGAUUUGCAGCAGACCUUCCCCGCCCUCUCCCUCCACGAAAUCAAGUUCCUUCUCGAACACUUCAUCCCUGACAAGAGUGCACAGGAGAAGGGCAUCCCGACGUCGGUCAAGCGCAAGCUGGACGCCGCUGCGCAGAAGGAGGAGGGAAGCUCUUCCUCGCUCGAACUGGACCCGUUCGCCAGCGUGCCUUCACCGUUCUCUUCAUCAUCGUCGUCUUCGUCGUCAUCCAGCGGCAAGAACAAACCCAAGGGGCGAAGGUGA